ACUUUUGUCUUGACUUUUCAGCACUCCCCGUUAAAUUCCUUCUACACAGAGAUCAUUGCUAGAGUACCAAAGCCAUGGCUGAUAGCAACAUAAAUGAUGAUAUAGCCGUCGAUUUUUCUCCGUUCAUAAGAGUUUACAAAGACGGCCGAGUUGAGCGCCUCUUCACCUCCCCCCACGCGCCGCCAUCGCCGGAAGACUCCGCCACUGGCGUCUCCUCCAAAGACCUCACCAUUUCCCCCAACAUCUCCGCCCGUGUCUACCUCCCAAAACUCGCCACCGCCGCCCAAAAACUCCCCAUCCUAGUCUACUAUCACGGCGGAGGCUUCUGCUUAGAGUCCGCCUUCUCCUUCUACAGCCACCGCUAUCUGAAUAUCUUAGUUUCCAAGGCCAACGCCAUCGCCGUCUCGGUAGAAUACCGCCUCGCACCGGAGCACCCUCUCCCAGCAGGCUACGAGGAUUGCUGGGAAGCUCUUCGGUGGGUCGUUUCCCACGCCGGCGCCGGCAUCGACGACCAACGCGUUCCAUUCAAAGAACCGUGGUUAGUUAACCACGGUGACUUCGAAAAGAUCUUCGUCGGCGGCGAUAGCUCCGGGGGAAACAUGGCCCACAACGUCGCCAUCAGAGCCGGUAAAGAGCCCUUAAAUGAAAACUCAAAACUCUUGGGAGCGGUGCUGUCUUUCCCAUACUUCUGGGGGUCGAAUGCGAAGGGCGGUGCGCAAAGCACGCGGGGUAGAUUUUGGGAUUUCGUUUAUCCGACGGCGGAGGGAGGGAUUGAUAACCCCAUGAUAAAUCCGAUGGCUGAAAAAGCUCCGAGCUUGUACGGGCUGGGGUAUUCGAAGCUUCAUGUCUGUGUCGCGGAGAAAGACGAGCUGAGAGAGAUAACUCUCCGGUAUGUGGAAGCUGUGAAGAAGAGUGGGUGGAAAGGAGAAAUUGAAGUUGUUGAUGUUGAAGGAGAGGACCAUUGUUUUCAGAUCAUCAAUCCAGAUUCUGAGAAAGCCAAAGAUCUUAUCAACUGUAUUGCUGCUUUCAUCAAGGAGUGAAUUAAUUAGCUAGUUUCAACUGUUUGAUCUUAUUAGCAUUGUUAAUGAAUUGUUUACUUUU